UUCCGCGGUCGUCCUUCAUCUGGAGACCCCCCGGCCCCGGGCCGCGCCCCAAUGUCGAGCCCGCGGCUUCUGGUGCUCUUCGGUAGCCAGACCGGCACGGCCGAGGAUGUGGCUGAGAGGCUGGGCCGCGAGGCCCGCCGCCGACGGCUGGGCUGCCGGGUGCUGUCCCUGGACGCCUACCCGGUGGUGAAUCUGAUUAACGAGCCCUUGGUGAUAAUUGUUUGUGCAACCGCAGGCCAAGGAGACCCCCCUGACAAUAUGAAGAACUUCUGGAGGUUCAUCUUCCGGAAGAACCUGCCACCGACCUCCCUCUGCCAGGUGGACUUUGCGGUCCUGGGCCUUGGGGACUCCUCGUACGUCAAGUUCAAUUUCGUGGCCAAGAAGCUGCACCGCCGACUGCUGCAGCUUGGGGGCUGCGCACUUGUGCCCGCCUGUCUGGGCGAUGACCAGCACGAGCUGGGGCCCGAUGCUGCCAUCGACCCCUGGCUGCGAGAGCUGUGGGUGCAGGUGCAGGAGCGCCUCCCUUCACCGGCAGGCCUCAGUGCCAUCCCACCGGGCGUCCCUUUACCCUCCAAGUUCACCCUGCAUUUCCUGCCGGGGGCCCCCAAGACCGAGGAGCAGCAGGCACCCCCAGCAGGCCCUCAGGAGCCCCCCUCACAGCUCCGACCCUUCCUGGCACCCAUGGUCUCCAAUCAGAGGGUCACCGGCACCUCACACUUCCAGGACGUCCGGCUGAUCGAAUUCGACAUCACCAGCUCCGGGGUCAGCUUUGCAGCUGGGGACGUGGUGCUGAUCCAGCCAGAGAACUCGGCCAGCCACGUUCAGCAGUUCUGCCAGCUGCUAGGUCUGGACCCGGAUCAGAACUUCAUGCUGCAGCCCCGGGAGCCAGAUGCUACCUGCCCUGCACGACUGCCUCAGCCCUGCUCCGUGCGGCACCUGGUGGGCCGGUACCUGGACGUGGCUGGCGUCCCACGCCGCUCCCUCUUUGAGCUGCUGGCCAGCCUCUCCCCAGACGAGCUGGAGCGAGAGAAGCUGCUGGAAUUCAGCUCGGCAGGGGGCCAGGAGGCACUCCAUGCCUACUGCACCCGGCCCCGAAGAACCGUCCUGGAGGUGCUCUGUGACUUUCCUCACACAGCGGCAGCCGUGCCCCCCGACUACCUGCUGGACCUUAUCCCCCCAAUCCGACCACGCGCCUUCUCCAUCGCCUCCUCCCUGGUGGCCCUCCCUGGGCGACUGCAGGUCCUGGUGGCCGUGGUGCAGUACCGGACACGCCUCAAGGAGCCCCGCCGGGGCCUGUGCUCCUGCUGGCUGGCUUCGCUGGACCCUGGACAAGGACCUGUCCAGGUGCCCCUGUGGGUGCAGCCUGGGAACCUGACCUUCCCAGAGACGGCAGAUACACCAGUGGUCAUGGUGGGGCCUGGCACUGGGGUGGCCCCCUUCCGAGCGGCCAUCCAGGAGCGAGUGGCCAGGGGCCAGACUGGGAACGUGCUGUUCUUUGGCUGCCGCCAGCGGGACCAGGACUUCUACUGGGAGGCUGAGUGGCAAGAGCUGGAGAGGAGGGGCUGCCUGACUCUGGUCACUGCCUUCUCCAGGGAGCAGCAGCAGAAAGUGUACGUGCAGCACCGGCUGAGGGAGCACGGGCCCCUGGUGUGGGAGCUUAUAGACCAACAGGGAGCCUGCUUCUACCUGGCUGGGAACGCCAAGUCCAUGCCAGCCGAGGUCACAGAGGCCUUGACGUCUGUCUUCCAGGAGCAGGGCGGGCUGUCGGGGCCUGACGCAGCCAGCUACCUCACCAGGCUGCAGCGCACACUCCGCUUCCAGGCCGAGACCUGGGCCUAGGCCCCGCAGGCUGAGGAAGGGCAUGCCCAUCCUACUCUACAGCCCAGUGACCCUGCCCUGGCCCUGGGUUCUGGCUGGCUGGAGCCAGGCUGU